GUAGUAGUAGGCCAAUACAGAGAAGUGACUCAAAUAUUUAACGUCAAUACUUGGAGUAUAUCAUGUAUUGCGAAAUUUAGCACGGCUGGGGAUUCGCACAGUAGGACGAAACGGCUAUUGAAUACUUCCUGGUUUCCCAUGGUGGUAUAACUUCAAUUGACUCAUGAUCUCAACUAUUAAGAUAUAUUUGUUUUGAAUGAUAAUUGAGGUUGGAAAUAUGGACCACUAGAUUAUGAUUUCAUGAUUUAAAGUCACUGUGUUCGCCCUGAAACUGAAGAGUUAUAUAUUCUAUUGUUUUUACAGCAUACUGUUGUAAAAGAAAACCAAACUAGAAUAAAACGAUUAUCAUAUAAUCGCUACUUUCCAAUGAUCCCUCAGUUAAUAUUAGUUUAUGACACAAUUAACUUUCAAAAUACAAGGUUAUACUUACAGAAUAUUGCACACGACAAAUAACCGCGUUAUAACUUUUUAAAAUUUCGUGUGUUCCUACUGUUUAUUUUUAAAAGCCAUUUCUGCUUGUUUGUAUUGCAGAGGAGUAAACACGCUCCGAUAAAAAUCUCUAAAAUAUAAAGCUAAUUAUUAUUGUGGUUGUGUGUGCAAUAGCUGUAUCCAUCGAUCCUUUGAGGUGAUAGUGAAUAUAGGUCGAAAGCUAAGUUAAUUAUCUUUUACUACAGGAACAAGUAUACACCUUAAGUCAAUUGGAAUUCUAAAAUACACUCGGACCACUGGACUCUACCAAAAAGAAAUAAAAUGUGUAGUUAAUCUUCAGUCGUGCCACCUGAAAUUACCCGCUUUAGUUAUUUAGAUAAAAUUUACCAGUAGUUAUCCGAUCACUUUUAAGAUUUAAAACUGUCAUAUUGUUGGGAUACUCAGAAAAAUACCCCAAAAGCAAUUAUCCGGUUAAGUCUAACGCUACCCUUGAACGUUAAAUGGUGUCAUUUCCCUAUUGGUCGUUCCCCUACUGAUCAAUAUUUAUUUCGUGUGUCAUUUUCCUAUUGGUCAAUGUUAUUGAACGUGUCAUCUUUCUGUUGGUCAAUAUUUAUAGUAAUCCUGACUGUAUAAAUAUGCAUUUGUUUGUAAAUCAUUAUUCUGCUGCUCCUGACCACAUAAACGAUUUUUCAUCUACGGUCCGUGUUCUGAUAUAUUGGAGAUUGGGGAUAGUAUUGGGGUCGAACUGGGAUAUCUGAAGCUUGUCAAUCGGUAGAAUUUAGAGUAGCCAACUCGCAAUUCACAAACUAUUGCAAGACCAAUAUCUGUACACCAUGAUCAUAUUACUAAAAAACUUACGCUGAACUGACUAACAAAUAAACAAUUCUAAACUGCCCAAUAAUACAUGAUCACACGCUUACAAACUGACUGAUUCCAUUAUCGUGUUACUAUAUGGCGAUCCAAACAAUUUUUUUCGAUUCAAAAGAACUAUUACAAACUGCAAGCAUUGGGAAAAUCGGUCAUUUUGUUCAGUUUUCGUGUACGGAAUAUCUAAGAUUUGGGAUGGCUUACCACUGAUAUAUUCAAGCAAUUAUCAGCGCCCAACACUAGUUGAGGGCAAUUUAUUUACUCUGAAGAAGUGUGUUAUAUCCUAGUGAAGAUUACAUUACGAGUAACGUCUGAGAACUAUUAAUGGACUAAUAUUAUUUAUAUAUUCUCAUGGUAUAUAUAUUUAGUAACUAGGUAAUGUAUAUCUAUAUUCCCCUUGUUAUAAGCUUUGUUUUGACCUAUAAUUUAUUGCUGUACGAUUUACUGUUCUUAAGCUAUGUUCAGUUUACUGACUACUGCCUCCCACGUUCACAACCACUUUUUGGCUUUAUUGUGUACAAAUAUUAUUUCCUAUUUUAUGGUGCGUUGCGGUCUGUUUGGUUGAUAUUUAAACACAGUAUGUCUGAAAUAAACGAUUCGAUUCGCAUAGUGGAAGCCGGUAUCGGUGUUCUGGACUCAAGUGGACGGGUUAGGCGGACAUAGGACUAAUAAGGACGCUAGGCUGCUCAUGCCGGUCGAACACCAUUGGAUUAGCACAGUACAAAGAUUGUUAAGUCGUAUUUUGAUUGGUGGAUAAAUCACAUGAUAAAAAGCCGGACACAAAGUCACAACAAUUUGGGUAACAUGAAGUCGCGAAACGUCAGAAGUACAAUUUUUCUACUCGUUAAAAUAUAACGAAAAAUAUAUUUAGUAUUAACUUUCUACACAGUGCUCAAUCUAUUUGAAACUAUGAAGUCAAACGUUGGCACUGAUAAUUAUUAAAAACUUUUACUUUUAGUAUGGCUAGCGCCUUUAGAAUUAACUGACCAUUAUUAUUUAAACCAUAAAAAAUAACUGGUGGGCUAGGUGAGUUUACAAUGAGAACCAUAUCGAAUUACCACUAAAAGCAACUACUGAAUGAAUACCUUUUUUUAAAUAAUAAAACUUAGUUAAUUCAUAAAUAACACUAUCCAAGCCUUAUAUUUCUUUAUUUGCAAUAUAUCAGUUCUGUAUUAUUUUUAUGGAUAGAUGUUACCUCUUAGCGUAGGACUCUACCAGAGCGUUCACCCACAAACAUACAAGGUAGCAAAAAAUUGCCUAAUCGAAAUUAAUCUGUAGUGUAAGUUAUGAACUGGAAAAUCUUAACGAACUAUCUAUGCUAAGAACUACUAUGUAGUCACUGUUGACUGACUAAGAAUUUCCGAAGUUUUGAUGAGAAGCUACGGCCAGUGAAUUUCAAUCAUGUUGGGUGACAGACAAGUACUGCCGAUAGCAAUGAUUAAUGACGGUUCUGCAAUCUUGCACAAUCAUUACAGUUAAAAAUGUGAACUAUCGACUGUUAACUCAGUGGUGUGGAAGAUAACACCACUCAUCAAGAGACCUGAAGUUUGUUCAAUGGCUAGGAUAUGGGUAUGCACCGCCAUUAGCCUAGGAGAUAAGAACGUUCUAUAAGGGGACUUACACCUCAUGAUUACAAUAUGACCAUGUAAAUGUGCUUCAUUAUACCCAAAAUCAUAUUUAAGAUUUCUUAUGAACAUUAAAUACGUUACUGUCGUUGACCCACAAAAAUUUGCUAGUAUACGACUUAUUGAUGUAAUCAAGUUGAUUAGAUAAUAGGUUUGCAUUGACCGAUAAAUCUUUUAAAAAAAUACUGACCCCUGUACCUUAAUAAACGACAACUGUUGGGAGAAAAAACCUGCCAUAUGAAGGAUGUAGAGUCCAGUGCUAUGCUAACCCUAUAUUGGUUGUUCUAUAGUCAUGCUUUAACCUUGUCAAUUAUUCGCUUAUAACCUUGAUUGUUUUAAUAUGAGAGUGUCUGUAUGGAUCGCAUACCCUGUUCAUCACACACCUUUAGCUUAUUUUUAUCUAGUUAUAAAUAUUGUCACGCUUUAUUAAAUAGAGUUGGCAUAUUCUCCUUCGCUUCCGUUCUUAAUAUCUAUUUGAAUAGACGAGUACCUGAAACAAAAUUCAAGAAUAAUUUCAUGUUAUCACUUGAUGUAUCAUCUUUAUUCACUAACAUUCCACUACAAGAAACAGUUGAUUUUAUUUGCAAUGAACUAACAGAGAGACGCAUAGAAACCCCGAUUCCAGCAUCCGCGAUAAAACAGUUAAUUCUUAGAUGCACAAUGAAUGCACAAUUCAGAUUUGACAACGAAUACUAUAGACAGCUAGAUGGAAUUGCCAUGAGAUCACCAUUGGGCCCUCUAGUGGCUGAUAUUUUCCUUGCAAAACUGGAAAACGGACCACUUAAAAGCAUAAUUAGCCAUUUACCAACUUAUUAUCGCUAUAUAGACGACACCUUCAUAGUACUAGAAAAAGAGAAUGAUAAGGACAAUUUACUUAAUACAUUUAAUAACGUUCAUCCAUCAAUUAAUUUUACAUCAGAAGAUGAACAGAACGACAGCAUAUCAUUUCUAGAUGUCCAACUAAAAAGAAGAGCAGACGGAACUUUAAAAAGAGGGGUACACAGAAAAUCUGCAGCAGGACAAUACACUCAUUUCUAUAGUGCAGUUCCAAUCAGAUACAAAAGGAACUUGAUAAAAAUCUUGACACAUCGGGCUAGAAUGAUUUGCUCUGAAGACACCAUCGAAGAAGAAUUGAAUAAUAUUCGGAACCUACUUAGCAUGAAUGGGUAUCCCAUGAAAUUCAUCGACAAACAUAUGAUGGAGAAGAAAACAAGGACAAAGAUACCCACCGUCCAUAAGAAGGUACUAUUCAUAAAACUACAAUUCAUAAAUGACACCAUUGAAGAAACCUUAACUCAGAAACUAAGAAGAGCCGUAAAAAAAACAUUUAAUGCUGCCAGAUUAAAUGCAAUCUUCUACAACUAUCCUAAGAUAAGAACAGCCAACAAAGACAGACUGCCUGAAUUCGCCAAAUCUAUGUGUAUCUAUCGUUUCAACUGCUCCUGUGGAGCCAGUUAUAUUGGGCGUACAAUUCGGCAAGUCCGUCAUCGCAUUACUGAACAUCAUCCGUCGUGGUUAAACAAAGGACAGGUAAAAGUGAUUAAAAGUUCUAUUCUCUCUCACUUGGUUGACACAGGUCAUCAAGUCGAAUUGAAUGAAGCUUUUAAGGUUAUCUACAAUAUCCCAUCUAAUUUGCCACAUGGUCUACGAGUGCGCCUCUUGCACAUUGCGGAAGCCAUCGCAAUCCAUGUUCACAAACCUGACCUUUGCAUACAAAAGAGAUUCGUACAACCACUUUCCCUGCCCUGGCCAUCAGUUUAAGAUUUCCUUCAAAAGAACUAUUUUUCAUACUUCUUCCAUUUUUUUUAAUAAUUUUUUUAAACUUUUGUAAUUUUAUUUCUGUUGCUUUUGAACUUAAUAACUUCUCAACAUUCAUCUCUUGAUUCUUACGUAACUACCAUCCUAUUGACCAUCUGUUAAAAUUCUGUUCCUUCUUUGUUUCUUACAUUACGCAACUUAGCAGCUUCUUGAUCACUUUGAAUAUUAAUAAUCCUCUUUCUUCCAAUUAAUCAAUGUUAAUUUAAAUGUCAUUAUGUAAUUAUUACGUAACGUAUCCACUCGAUGAGUAUUAUAUUAUUAUUGUAAAACGUAUAUAUAUUAGUGUAGAGCCAUGAUGAAAAACUAAUUGAAAAGAAAUU